AUGAGAAUUCACACUGGAGAGAAACGGUUUACUUGCCAGCAGUGCGGAAAGAAUUUCAAUCAAAAAGGACACCUUAUUAACCACAUGAGAAUUCACACUGGAGAAAACCCAUUCACCUGCCAACACUGUGGAAAAAGAUUCAAUCGUAAAGGAAACCUGGAAAUUCACAUGAGAAUUCACACUGGAGAGAAGCCUCACACCUGCAAGCAGUGUGGAAAGAGUUUUGCUGAAAAAGGAAGUCUUAAAGUCCACAUGAGAGUUCACACUGGAGAGAAGCCAUUUGUAUGUGGUCAGUGUGGAAAGAGUUUCAGAUAUAGAGCAGCCUUUAAUCGGCACAUGAGGAUUCACUAA